GUUCUUGAAGAUAAUACCUCUUUGUUAGAGAGGUUAUAGAAACACGUUUGUUUUCUUGAUAGGUUAUCAUUAUCGGCUAAGUUUGAAUGUUGUCAUUUUGAUCAUUAAUUUAUUUUAUUUUGUUUACAAAUUAAGAUGUCUCUGCAGUUAACUAGACUUGUCUCGAGAACGAAGAACAUAGUUUCUUUUCCUUACUCUCAGAAGAUUUUUAGGAGACUCGAUUCCACAAAGGCAACUACGGAUGAAAAUGAACAAAAAAAUUUAGGUGGUUUUGCCAAAGCUUUCAUCAAACACGCUCAUGUUAACGAUCCCGAAGUUGAUGCACCAUUUGCUACUCUUUUAAGGAAUUCAAAGUUUAUUGAUCUUGGAGAUCCCGAAGGUAGAAUUGUUACGGGGACAGUAUUUCAUGUGGUAGAUGAUGAUCUUUAUGUCGACUUUGGUUGGAAGUUUCACUGUGUCUGCAAGAGGCCUUUAAAAAAUGGAAGUGAUUAUGUAUUAGGCUCUAAGGUCAGGUUACGAGUUAAAGAUUUGGAAUUGUCCACUAAAUUUCUUGGUUCUGAGAAAGAUUUAACAAUACUUGAAGCAGACGCGCAGCUUUUGGGACUGGUAUAUUCCCCAGCUAAAUCGACUUGAAGUUGUAUAUUUCAAUUGUUUAUAAGGUAUUUUACUGUGUGUAAUUUUUUAGUAUUGUUAAUAGCUUUUAAUGUUAAUGAAAUGAACUUGUAUAAAUGUAUUAUACUUAUGAAGUAUUGUAUACAGAUUCAAUCUCCUGACUAGUCUGAUUGUCUAAAUAUGUUGUACAGUUAAAAUUUUAAAUAUAUUUGUAAUAAAUACAUCAUGAGAUUU